AUGUCGACAAAUCAGGAGAAACAGGACGAAGGAUGCUUUGCCGUCACGUUUGAACGAAAAUACUACCAUCGCGAGGGCACAUUCAUCAAGAGAAGCUUGCGGCCCAACGAGUUCCGUACAGGACAUCGUGGCCUUCAUGUCCCUCGCCUCAACAACGAGAGGAUCAAGAAUGAAGCGGCCUCGAUGAGAUUUGUUAGGCUCCAUACCAACAUCCCAGUUCCACAAGUUUAUUGCGACUUUGAAGAUGAUGAGGCAUACUACCUCAUCACAGAAUACGUGGAGGGUGUUCAAAUGGCCGACCUUACAGAUGACCAAAAGGUCCUUGUGAGCAAGGAGCUCCAGCGCCACCUUGAAACGCUCCAGAAGUUGAAAUCUAAAAAGAUCGGGGGCCCGUCAGGCAUUGUGAUUCCACCCUACCGGGUUAUGCGUCAUACAGAGAGAGAUAUCUGGUCACUACGGCCUUCCGAUGAAGAUGAAUUCGUCUUCUGUCAUAACGAUCUGUCCCAACAACACAUUAUCGUUGAUCCCAACACACUCCGGAUUAAUGCCAUCAUAGACUGGGAAUACGCAGGGUUCUAUCCAGCACAUUUUGAGCGGCCAUUCUACUCCCGCCUGGGCCCUUCUGUUGCUAUCAACAGCGAGCCUGACGAUUCAUUCGAGAUUCUCGACUUUUUCAAUUCCCACGCACAAACACAAGUCUCUUCAAAUAACACAGUGUCGUCUUGCCGGUGA